CACCUCCACCUCCUCCCCGCUUCUUUUCCGUCUACCGCGUUCCGGAUCUUUCGCUCUUUCUCUCUCUCUCUCUCCCUCUCUCUUUUUCUCUUUCUUUAUCUCUCUCUCCCGCGCGUAUCUUUCUUCUCUUUUCGUCCGUCCGGUCUUUGCUGCCGCGUUUAUAUCCUCUUUAUCUAUUUACACGUGUUCUUUCUCGCUUGUUUCGUAGUUAAUGUAGUUAUCUGUCCGAUUAUCUCUUUCUUUCUACCUUUUUCUAUCUUUGUCUUUCAUUGUUUCGAUACAUACGCGGAGCAUCGUGCGCGCGUCGCGAGUGGAUGCGAGCGCGUCGUCGUGGAGAGAUUAUCGCAUGAUUAUCGAGAUUCCUUCUCUCCCCCUCUUCCCUUCUUCGAUCUAUCCGUGAGACAUCUCUUGGCGCGAUCCCGAUAGCGGUCGUUGGCAACGAGCAUCGCGUGAACCGGUGUGAAACGCGGCGACCGAUCGGGAAAGUGACGAGUGAGACUGAUGAUUGCUUGCAGAGAAAAGUGGUGAACCAGGGGGUUGGUGCACGAGUACGGAGUAAAUCGGCCCAGUACCGCGAGAUCGGAAAUUGCCCGCGAAUAUCAGUGCGAUAACACCGGCGGAGAAUGCAGUGACGAUAGCCCAAUAGCAAUCAAUUCAACCGCCGAUACGUCGACGCGAGUCAUCAAUGCGAGUACAGAUGAUUUCGCAGGGGUGAGAAAGAAAGAGAGAAGAAAACAUCCCAGGAACUUCGCGGUUUCCGGUCGCGCUCCGAAAUCCGACGAGUGUAUUGUCGCUCUGUCUCGCGAUCGGUUACGUGUGAACAUACCUUACGUAAGGUGCACAGGUGCCGCGAGCCUCCUCCUCAUAGAAUGACAGCGAUCGCGAGGAUCGCGUCACUGACGACGAGCGGGUCGUCGGCGAUCACGAUGAGGUAGUGGUCGUCGGGACACGUGUCGGUUAGGGGUGACCGCAAGUGUAUUGAACGGAGGAGGAAGAGGCAAGACUUAUCCCAACGGGUUAUCUCGGGGUAAGAUACUCGAAGGAUAUUUUCUCUCGGUGCUCCCGACCUCGCUUCGACUUCUUGGGGACCAACCGAUCGCAGUCGCAGGCGACGAGAACCUGGAGGCCGCACGGAUAAUCGAGCACUCCCGAAGGACGCAGAUGCCCCGAAGGAAACAGCACGCACCGCAACGCAUGAAAUGUAAGUAGUGGUCUCCGAUCGUUUGAAAAGCGAGCGGCUCGGAGCCGCCGCACCGGACGGGAGAUAUGCGCAGCAAGCAGCAGCCCAGGCCUUCUUUCCGAUGGCCGCAGCAGCGCGGUGAUAACCUUACCGGGGAGGACGGCGUCGAAGGCUCUGCGCCCGGUACGGACCUCCAAGGCGAGGAGGGCGAUUGCGUCGACGAGGAUGGUCCCAUUAGCCCCAGCGAAAGGGGCUGCGCGCCCGCUGCGAAGGAGGACGAGGAUGCCGAGGGAACGGACGAAGAGGACGAUGAGGAGGCAUCGCCACCUACGCCCCCGCCUUCCGCCACCUCGAGGUUAAACCCGACUAUCCUGCGAGACACGGGACCUCCGGAUAGGGAGCCAAUGAGUCCGCGCUGUCCCUCGAGAGAUUCUCGGGAAUCAUCCGGUCCGGCGACCGGAAGUCCCCCGCCACCUGCUACCAGGAGCAGCGCGAGCCCGGUCAGUCCAAGUAGUAUCGUGCCUCUACCCCUUGGAACUCACUCCCUGCUACCACCCCACUCUGCAGCGGUCAUGGCGGCGUAUCUGCAACAAACCCAUCAGCGCCUCCUCCUCGGCCACUCGCCCUUAUCGCGUGGCUCGGUAUCGCCGUUGGUCUCCUCCUCGUGUUCACCACCAGCCGCCACCCCCGGCCUCCUGGUGUCGCCUACCAGCGUCGGGGAGAUCUCACCGUCGGCGACACCCCUGCCGGCUGUGCUGGACUUUAGCACGAGGAAAACGUCCUCGACCGAGGAGGACGAGGAAGAGCAAAUAUUAAAUCUCAGCAAACCACCUACGCCGUCUUCCUCGACGGAGACGAACAAUGGUCCGUUGGAUCUUUCGGUACCCAGCAGGAAACGACCCGGCCCGGAAGACUCGCCGCCACCGCCACCGCGCAAGUCAUCGAGACUGGCCUCCACGACAAGUUCCUCGAGCCAUCAGGAAACAGCACCGGGAGUCACGUCAUCCGGUUUCGGUAGACCGCCCGUCGUGUCUCCCUGGACGUCUCCGGUGGUGGCCUCGCACUUUCCGUACUUCGCCGCAGCGGUAGCGGCAGCAGCUACUAGUCAGCAGCAGCUUUCGCCGAAGAGUACCAGCGGGGUGGUGGAUCAUCAUCAGCUCUGGAACGGGAAGAUGAAGCCGCCAGCCGCGUUAGAAAAGCCCUAUCAACCCAGCGAAGCUACAAAGGCACUCGAGAAAAUGAGCGAGCUGAGUAAGCUGGGCGGCGAGGAUCUUUUCAGGUCGUCUUCCGGAAGCGGUGCCGCGACGGGUACCAACGCGCCGGCGACGACGUCCAGCAGUCGUCAUAGCGCUUGGCAGUCCCACUGGUUGAAUAAAGGUGCCGAUCAAGCGAAGGAUGUUCUGAAAUGCGUGUGGUGCAAACAGAGCUUCCCGACUUUGGCUGCAAUGACGACGCACAUGAAGGAGGCGAAGCAUUGCGGCGUGAACAUGCCGGUCCCACCACCAGCGCCAGGAAUGCACUCACAACAGACGACGAUGCCGACCAUACCACCGCCUCAACAGCCGCAUCAACCACAGACAUCCACCGGCAAUACCGGCAGUAACAAUUCGGCCACACCUAGCAACAAACAAAGUCCAUCCGAUUUGAAUUUACUGAUCAAGGAAACGAUGCCGCUGCCGCGAAAGCUCGUGCGAGGUCAGGAUGUCUGGUUGGGCAAGGGUGCCGAACAAACGCGGCAGAUUCUGAAGUGCAUGUGGUGCGGACAGAGCUUCCGCUCGCUAGCCGAGAUGACUUCGCAUAUGCAACAAACGCAACAUUACACAAACAUCAUCUCUCAAGAACAGAUAAUAUCCUGGAAAUCAUCGGACGAAAGCAAGGGCGGUAGUGCUACCGGUGCUGCCGGAGGUGGCGGAAGUGUCGCCGGGGGAGGAGGCGGCGCAGGAGGACCGCCAGGAGGAGGGUCCGGACCUCACAGCGGAAACAACGGUGGUCCCGGUCCCGGCGCCACGAGCAGUCACGUUAGCGCCGUGCUGACCUGCAAGGUUUGCGAUCAAGCGUUUAGCUCCCUGAAGGAGUUGAGCAAUCAUAUGGUAAAAAAUUCGCAUUACAAGGAACAUAUAAUGCGCUCGAUCACUGAAAGCGGCGGACGUCGACGGCAGACGCGCGAGAAGCGGAAAAAGUCACUGCCCGUGAGAAAAUUGCUGGAGCUGGAACGUGCGCAGAACGAAUUCAAGAACGGUGACGCUGCCGUCGGUCUAACACACAGCCUCGGCAAACACGCCGGUAGAAUCACGUGCGAGAAGUGCGGCGACAAGAUCGAGACUCCGCUUUUUGUGGAGCACAUACGUCAAUGUAUCGGGGCGGGCACGGUCGGCGCCAAUCAGCGAAACUUCCUGAAGAACGCGCUCAUGUCCAAUCAUUUGCCCGCGACGUUACCGCCGGCCGAAAGCGGACGUAAGAGCGUCAACGAGGAAACGUCUUCGAUAUCGUCGAGACACCACCGAUCUCCAUCUUCGGCCAGCGACGCGACGACACCGGGAAAAGAUACUCCUACACCGACCGCUAACGAGACUACCGCUCCGCUAGGUACCUCGCCGUCAGUUUUGAACGCAAUAGAGAAGCUCAUCGAGAAGAGUUUCGAUUCUCGCGUGAGGCACGGCACGCCCGGCUUGCAUCACACUCAGCCCGGCGCGCCGAUAGGUACGAGCAUACUCAAGCGUUUGGGCAUCGACGAGAGCGUGGAUUACACGAAACCUCUGGUGGAUCCGCAAACGAUGAAUCUACUUCGAUCUUAUCAACAGCAGCAUCAGCAGCAACAUUAUAACGCCAACGCCGCGGCGAGAAGGGAACGAAGCGGCAGCGAGUCCAGUUCGAUAUCAGAGCGAGGAAGCGGCAGGACGGAUACCAUGACACCGGAGAGACGCAUGGACCUGUCUAAUGCGAGUCACGAAAGACACUCGAGUUCCCUGUCUCAUCAUCAUCGCGUCACUCCCGAGAAGCAGGCCACCCCGUUACCUAGUCGCCGUCAUCAAACCACGGAGGAGUCCGGGGACGAGGAGUCGUCUACCGUGGUGGUGAAGAAAGAACCGAGGGACGAGGAGACAGAGGAGCGAGGCGCGACCGAGGAAGAGCAACAGCAGUCGCAGUCGACGAGGGAGGUGUUCGUGAAGAAGGAAAUAGUAGACGACUGCAGAGACGAGGAGGAUCAGAGUUCCUACAAUCACCGACGAAGCAGCAUCCAUGAGACGCCGGAGGACGGUCGAGAAGUUCUGUCGCCUCGCAUGAAUCCACCUACGCCCCGGCCGACCAGCCAGGUGGAACAGGUCGCGCGUAGCCCUUGUAGGAACAGCACGAGCAGUCCUACCAGCAGCGACCGAUCGGUCACACCGCGGGGUACGCCUGACACUAAGGCAUCUAGCAGUCUCGGAGCGCUCUCUUCCAUGUUCGACAGCUUGUCCGGCGGUGGCGGUGGUGGCGGCGGUAACAACAUCGACUCGCAAGGACGUAAAACAAGUAGCCAUCCUCUCGCGGCCUUGCAGAAAUUAUGCGAUAAAACGGAAACGCGAGGUCCCGGUGCUAGCGGAGCUUCGAGAUCCGGGGGUGGUUCCGGAGCCAGCACCAUCGGUUCGGGCAGCGGUAGCACAGUAGGGGUGACCGGUCCGGGUCCCGGGCCGACGCCAGGUGCUAUCUUGGCUUUCAGCUGGGCCUGUAAUGAUGCCGUGGUCACCGCGGAUUCAAUAAUGAAGUGUGCAUUCUGCGAUACACCCUUCAUUUCGAAAGGUGCAUACAGGCACCACCUGUCCAAGAUGCACUUUGUCAAGGACGGCGUCAUCCCCGAUCCAUUGACCAUCGGUAGGUCGGCGGCAGCAGCCGCGGCCGCAGCCGCCGCGGCGGUUUCCCAGGGCACUUCCGGCGGGCCGAGUCGCAACUCCUCGUCGCCGCCGACGUCGCAGCGCAACAAGUCGCCGCCGCUUCCGCAGGCGAACGGCAGCCCGUCGCAGUCAGCGGCCUCACCCCUCGAGGAGAGCCCGCACUCCAAAUUUCUCAAGUAUACGGAGCUGGCAAAGCAAUUGUCCAGCAAAUACGUAUAGUCCGAGCCCCGUAAGUAGCGGUGCCAUUUGUACAUAAGUGUAUCUAUACUGUAACGACUGUAAAACUAGCGAUGUGAAAAUUUUCAUCCCCUACCCCGCGAACACCGCCGCGCCGAACGACGUCGUCGCGCAUCCGACGUCUUCGGGUUUAUGCUUAAAGAGGCUGUGUCGUGGCUAUAUCGAUAAUAGGAGCUUUUAUAAUUGCAAAAUUAUUUCACAUUAUCAUCUAUGCAUUUGGGACAAAUCCCGUUGCGUGUAAGAUGAGAUUAAUCAAAUUGUAAUAUUCGUAGUUUUUUAUCAUUAAUUUUCUUCUGAUCACAUACGAUAUAUUUUUACGGAUCAAAGAUCCGUAUGAAAUGAAUGUAAAUUUGAGUUUAAAUUUCGGUGCCAUAAGAACGAAAGAUGAUUUUUAUGUUUAAAAGAAUAGAGAAAAAAUCUUUUUUCGCACGUUUAUAGCACUGAAAAUUGAACUUAUCAAUUUUACCUUUUAAUCAUUACAGAUUUCUGUAUGAACCCCUUUUGUAUUUUCUAUUUGCUCAAUAAAAAAUACAAAAUAUAGAUAAUAUUAUACGUUGACAAUUAUAAUUUAUUGCUAGAGAGGGCUACAAGAAUUAACUAGUGAUAUAAAAAAAAUCAAUUGGUGAUUAGAGUCAUGUCAUAUAUUACCGUUGGCAAAGAAUUAUCUUUUAUUUUGUAUAAAAUUAUAUAUUAUAUAAAAUAUGAUAUGAUUCA